GAAUACAAACUAUCUUACGAGUAGAAAAACAACGUGGUGACAAAACUUGGCGCAAAACGCGCGAAGCUGUUGUAUUCUACCUGUGCAGCUGUUUGCGCAAUGUAGGUAGGCUGUGUUGGCCUCAAAAGUCAGUCCGUGCAUAUUGCUAGCUUCCAGCCCGGAAGGGUCAGCCGCAUUGACCAAGCCGCGCGCAGCACGCUCCAGCCGUGGCUCUUGCGCGAGCGGUACACGGAGCGUGGGAGGGCUAAAUGGCCCCAGCGACGCUGGAGGUCUAGCUGGUGGCGUGGAAGGCAUAAUGGCGGGGGGCUACACUCUGGGCGGUACAGAGAUGGCAGACAAGCAGGUCCCGGGGCUCGAGCCAGCUCUGGCCACCACGGCUGAUGGCGCCAGCGGUGCAGCGGCAUGCAGGGGCGCGGCGAGCGACGUCUUCUUGAGACCGCUCGGCAAUCCACCUGAUGCUGACAACGCUAACUUGGGCGUUGCGGGUGGCAGAGGCACGGCGGACGGCGCCACCGAUUGUGGAGUUGCCGUUGCCGUGCCAACCAACCGCGGGCCAGGACAGCUGCAACCGUCGCCGGCGCCGCACCAGCCACAGGGCGCUGAUGGCCCAGCCUGGAAGGACUAUCAGACCGUCUUUACGAACGCCAAAGCUGGAAUGGACGGUGUCGACAAGGCACGGGUCCAACAGGUUGUGUGGGAGAUGAGCAAAGACUCGGCGCACUUCAAAAACGAGCAGCGAAAGCAGGCGUCGGUGCUUGAACGCAUAGAGCGAAUGAAGCAGCGCUCGGCAGCGCUGACUACGAUGGAGAUCACAGCUGCCGGCAGAGCUAUGGACGCCCGAAUCGCUGGCUGCGAGGCGCGCCGCGACCUGACCCGCACCUGGCUGCACGUAGACAUGGACUGCUUCUACGCGGCCGUGCACGAGCGCGAGCAGCCCGAGCUGAAGCGGCUGCCGGUGGCGGUGGGCGGCAUGGGCAUGAUCUCCACGGCCAACUACGUGGCACGGCGCUUUGGCGUGCGCAGCGCCAUGCCCGGCUUCAUAGGCAAGAGGCUGUGUCCCAAGCUGGUGUUUGUUAAGCCCGACUUCGCCAAAUACACGGAGGCGGCGGCGGUGGUGCGGGGCGCGUUCAAGCAGCUGGACCCGGACUUUGAGAGCGGUGGUCUGGACGAGGCUUACCUGGACGUGACUGGCUACUGCACCCGCACCGCCACCAGCGGCGAGGAGGCCGCUACAGAGCUGCGGCGGCUGGUGAAGGAGGUCAGCGGCGGCCUCACCUGCUCCGUCGGCGUGGCUUGCAACAAGAUGCUGGCAAAGAUCUGCUCGGACAUUAACAAGCCGGAUGGGCAGUACGUGCUGCCGGCCUCACGCGCCGCCGUCAUGAGCUUCCUGGACACACUGCCGGUCCGUAAGAUACCAUGCAUCGGGAAGGUCACGGAGCAGGUGCUGCAGGGCGUGUUGGGCGUGUCCACCUGCGGCCAGCUGCUGGCGCCCGCCAGCCGCUGCCGCCUGCCGCUGCUAUUCAGCGAGGCCGCGGCCGGCUUCUUCCUGGAGGCGGCGCUGGGACUGGCGCCCACGCGGCACGGGCCCAAGACCGACACGUCCGUGGACCCGGGCCGCAAGGGCCUGAGCCACGAGCGCACCUUCCGCAACAUGUCGGCGCCGGCCGAGCAGGAAGCCAUGGCCAAGCAGCUGGUGGAAGCGCUGGUCGCUGACAUGGCGGAGGAGGGCAUCGAGGGCCGCAACAUAACGCUCAAGCUCAAGCUGUCCACAUUUGAGGUGCACACGCGGGCAGCCACGAUGCCACGCCACGUGCGGACGGUGUCCGAUAUCCUGCCCGCCGUGCUGCGCCUGCUGCGCGCUGAGAUGCCGGUCACCCUACGGCUCAUGGGCGUGCGCAUGGCCAUGCUGCGGAAGGUGAACGCUGGGGUCAAGAGCCCUCUUGCCCGGCUGCUGGGGCUGCGGAACACUGCCCAGCACACGGACGGGCAGCAGGCCACAGCCGCUGGCACCACGCCCGCCGACGCGACGUCACCGCAACCCCUUGGCUGCGGCAGUGCGCCGCCUGCGUGUGCCGCCACGGCCGCGGUAGGGUUGCAAGCAGCAGCGAGUGCACCGCGCCCGGAUGGAGGCUCGGCGGGCGCGGCUGGGCCCGCGGCAUCUGCUCCUGCAGGCCGACUCGCUACGGGCUCGGUAUGGCCGGCAGCGGUAGCUGCAGCGGCUGCUGCUGGGAAUGCAGCAGUCGCACACACAACCGAGCCGGGGGGAAGCCCGCAGUUGCUUGCACAAGGAUAUGGUGGCCACAACGACUCAAAAUGGGGCAGUGACAGGCUGCCAGCCGCGCCUCGCCUGCCGCGGCUGCAGCUUCUCGCACACGCCUCUGCGCCUGGCGGCUCAGGCCACGGACCAGGGCCGGGGAGCAGCUGCGGCGGCGGCGGCAGCACGUGGGCACAGGGGCAGCCGGCGGGUGCGGGCUCCGCACCCACCACUCCGCGCACGGGCAUACCCGGGGAAGCUGCUGGGGGUCAGGCACUGGGGCAGCCACCGCGUCCGCCCGCAGCGGCUGCCCCAGGCGCAGCUGCAUGCCAUGGCGAGGCGUGGGCUUGUGCGGGGGCGUAUGCCGGCGGCGCAGGGCUGUGGGACACCUUCGAGGUGGAGGAGGAGGAGCAUGAAGCGGAGGAGCACACGGACAUUGAGGAGGGGCAGGACCUGGAGGAUGAAGCCUGGCCGCAGCAGCAAGACCGAAGCUGCUUUGGCGGCGAGGCGGAUGACGCGACCAUCUGCAUUCUGGACAGCGAUGAUGAUGAUGAGGGGUUUCCGUUGCAUGCGGAUCAAAUGGACGGGCGGAAGCAGCCGCAAUCAUGGCAGCAGCAGGAGCGGGGACAUGGGGAGGAGGCACACAGUCACGUUGCGCACAAGCGCAGCGCAGAGCCCGCGGCGACAGGGCCUUCAGGCGCGGCGGCUGGGCCGGGCCACAAGCGGCCGCGGUGCCAGGGCCUGGUCAACGUCGGUGAGGCGGGUGUCAGCGGUGCAGCUGUGGUGGGUCCUGGGGCAGGCGGUGCAGCUGCCACGCAGCCAAUGCCUGCGGCUGCAACUUGGGUGUGCUUAGUGUGCACGUACGCGCGCAACCGGCGGCAGUUCCUGCGCUGCGAGAUGUGCGACACGCGCAGGGGCUCAUCCCGGACCCUAACCUGAGGGGCAGCGCUGCUUUGCCUCGAGAGGCUGCACAGCAUCCCGGGGCGCAGGGGCGGAGGCAGCGGGCUGGGCGCAGUGCCACCGAGACUGCCGGCGACCGGAGUCGGCACGCCUCGGGGGUCCUGGUGCUGCCGGCGCAGCAUCCGGCAAAGCAUCUGGCGCGGGCUGAGCUGUCGGGCGCAUGCCGUGUGUGCCCGGAGUGCGGCACGCAUGUGUCGGUGUCGUGCUGGCGCGAGCACCAGGACUGGCACGUGGCUGUCCGCCUGUCGCGUGGUGAGGCGCAGUAGCUCGUGAGGCUGGCCAUCAGGGGUUUGCCAGCAGGCUCUGGGCUUGCACGCAUGGCGUGGCUGGCCAUCAGGUUUGCCAGCAGGCUCGGGGCGUUGCACGCAUGGUAUGUGAUGGAAAGUGGCAGUCCGCUGGCGUGGGCGGGCUGUACUUGUGCUCCUGGAGAGCACGACACUCGCCCCAAUAAUGCAAUACGAAGUGGGAUUCGCCGGAACCCCAACACUGAAUGCACCAUGUACCUUCAGGGCCUUUGGUAACCGUCCUGGAAGGCUCAGUGUUCGUGGUGAACUGGUGAUGGAAAUCCCACUGCACUGCCCAGGGUGGUCGCCUGCCGUUGGUGCACAAUCAACGUAGUGAUUCCGAGAUGAGCCACGCAAGCCGUGUUUUGUACGUCACGAGUAGCGGCAGCAGGACUGACCAAAGAAUAACGUACGCAAUACGAACUGGGAUUGACUUUCAACACUGAAUCGCUGAAUGCACCAUGGACAGUCAGGGCCUUGUGUCCCCAUCCGAGGAACCUCGGCGUUUGUGUGGUGAACUGGUGACGGCCUACUUUACUAUCCCGGGUUUGUUUCCCAGGCGGUCGCCUGUUCUGGUCACAUGAUCAACAGAGUGAUUCUUCUUUCUAGGCUUCGCGGUGUGGGAGGCCGCGUUCGCAACAGGCACGGAUGCCCGCUGUGGGGACCUGGGAAUCAUGAGCCAGGUUUGAGGCUGCUGACAAGGACCGUAGUAUGAGUGGGUCACUCCAGCCAUACAGGCUGGCUGGAGUGACUGAGAGUGUCUAACGUCUGUGGCAGAUGCGUCGUAUGUUAAAUGAAUACCUUGCGUACAGGAGAUGAUGCGUUGGGUAUUGACGGCCCGCUAGUCCAGCUCCAACGAAGCAGGAAGGCCAUGAGCGCGAUGUACCCCUUGAGAGUGUCUCGGCAAAAUUCACAAUGAGUGCGCAAGAGCACGCUAACCAGUAAACAUUAGGUACCGGUGUUGGCAUUAACGGCCACCACAUACGAUGUCUGUGCACUACUGGUGGGUAAUUGGAUGUGUCUAGCGUGCCCAGAGUACUUCGUAUGAAAGAAUGGACAUGGAGUUACUCUCACUACUAUCACCAGAACGUGCCCAGCGCCCACAAACUACAUGUCAAUAAUCUUGCUCCUGUCCACUAUGUGCGUGUCAAUCGUGGCCCCGUGCAGCCGGCACUUGCCACG